AUGAUAUGCAAAUACGCGUAUUUAAUUAUAACACACACGAGAAGGUUACAACCUUUGAGGCUCAUCCUGAUUAUAUUCGUUGCAUUGCUAUACAUCCUACGCAACCUUUUUUUUUGAGUGGUUCUGAUGAUAUGACAAUUAAAUUAUGGGAUUGGGAAAAAGGAUGGAAAUGUAUUCAGGUAUUUGAGGGCCAUACACACUACGUUAUGAAUGUCAAUUUUAAUCCGAAGGAUUCGAAUACGUUCGCAUCUGCUUGUUUGGAUCGUACGAUUAAAGUUUGGUCACUCGGAUCAGCUGUUGCAAAUUUUACACUUGAGGGUCACGAAAAAGGCGUGAAUUGGGUAGAAUAUUAUCACGGUGGAGAAAAACCAUAUCUUGUGUCAGCUGCCGAUGAUAAACUUGUUAAAAUUUGGGACUAUCAAAACAAGACAUGCGUACAGACUUUAGAAGGGCAUACUCAGAAUGCUGCAUUUGCAUGCUUUCAUCCUGAAUUGCCAAUAAUCAUUUCUGGUAGCGAAGAUGGUACUAUAAAGAUUUGGCAUUCUAAUACUUAUCGUUUAGAGAAUACUCUCAAUUAUGGUCUAGAACGCGCCUGGACUGUAGCUUACCAGAAAGGCAAUAAUAUUGUUGCAUUUGGUUAUGACGAAGGUGCAGUCUGUGUUAAGUUAGGGCGUGAAGAACCGGCAGUGAGUAUGGAUAAUUCUGGGAAAAUAAUUUGGGCAAAACAUAAUGAAAUUCAAACAGCCAAUAUAAAGGCUGGUCAUGAUGAUAAUAUUAGAGAUGGUGAUCGCCUUCCUUUACCCAUCAAAGACUUGGGUAGUUGUGAAGUGUAUCCUCAAACUUUACAGCACAGUCCGAACGGAAGGUUCGUGGUAGUUUGUGGGGAUGGCGAAUACAUUAUUUAUACUGCGUUGGCUUGGAGAAACAAAGGUUUUGGUAAUGGGCUUGAAUUUGUAUGGGCUUUAGAUUCGAACGAAUACGCUGUUAGAGAGUCUGCGACUAAAAUCAAACUUUAUAAAAACUUCAAGGAGAGAAACAAUGCUUUAAAAGUCAAUUUUACUGUUGAAGGAAUUUUUGGUGGCACAUUAUUAGGUGUAAAAAGUUCCACAUUCUUAAAUUUGUAUGACUGGGAAACAGCUUUAGUCGUGAGAAGAAUUGAUGUCAUUCCGAAAAGUGUUCAUUGGUCAGAUAUUGGUGACCUUGUGGCCAUUGCCUGCGAGGAUACUUUCUAUGUCUUACGUUUUAACCGCUUAGCCUAUGUACAAUUUUUGGAAAGUGGGGGUGAAGUUGGCGAUGAAGGUGUCGAACAGGCUUUCGAAUUCGUGACAGAGGUUCCAGAAAGCAUCAAAACGGGAGCGUGGGUUGGUGACUGUUUUAUUUAUACAAAUACUGCCAAUCGCCUGAAUUAUCUUGUUGGUGCACAGACAUUUACUAUUAGUCAUUUUGACACAAAUAUGUACCUACUAGGGUACAUUCCAAAGGAUAAUCGUAUAUACUUAGCGGACAAGGAUGUCAAUGUCUAUAGUUAUGCACUCUCCUUGACUGUUAUUGAAUAUCAAACCGCAAUUCUCCGGAACGAUCUUGAAACAGCUGAACAAUUGCUUCCUUCGAUCCCUGCGGAUCAAAGGAAUAGAAUUGCAAGAUUUUUAGAGAGCCAAGACUUAAAAGAGCUUGCUCUUGAAGUAUCAACCGAUAUUGAACACAAGUUUGAGCUUGCAAUUCAACUCAAUAAACUCGACGUUGCUGUGGAAAUUGCUCGUGAAGUUGGUACUGACGCAAAAUGGAAAGCAAUUGGUGAUUCAGCUUUGAGUGCCUGGAAGUUCUCUCUAGCUGAGGAGUGCCUCAAAAAAGCCAAGGAUAUUAGUGGCUUAUUGCUUUUAUAUACUGCCUCUGGCAAUUCCCAAGGAAUAAAAGAAUUAGCUGAAACAGCUGUUUCAGAAGGUAAGAAUAAUGUGGCGUUCGUAUGCUACCUACAACUCGGUCAAGUCGAAGACUGUAUAGAUCUGUUAAUAAAAACUGAUCGUAUUCCUGAGGCUGCAAUGUUUGCCCGCACAUAUCUUCCUAGCCAUGUUUCAAGAGUUGUAAAACUAUGGCGAGAAUCACUUGAGAAGCAAAACAAAAAGAAAGCAGCAGAAGCAUUGGCAGAUCCAGCCGAUUACGAAAAUUUAUUUUCGGAUUUUAAACAUGCUCUUAUUGCCGAAGAACUUGCCAAAAAGACGCGUAACAACGUUGUUCCAGCUAUAUCAUAUCCAGAAUAUAAAGACAGCCAUGAGCAAGAUAUUAUAGCUGAAAUCAAAGAAAAGUAUCCAGACGGCAUCUUACCAUCAAACUUGGCUUCUCCUGGUAGUCGUAUGGUUAACAGUAUAGCACGAAGAAACGUUAACGGUGAUAUAGAUGAUGAUGUCCUAUCAUCGGUUGCUUCGGUUGAUGAUGAUCGUACAAGUGUCGCUGACAAUAUGAUAAAUACAACUGGAACUGGAUCAGUUCGGGGUGAUGUUGAUUUUGACGAUGCUGCUUCGUAUGCAAACUCCGAGCAGGACUAA